CUAGCUGACAUGAGAAUCGUCAGAUGUAGGUAGGCAACCGGCCAAUGGAAAACUUUUCGUCUCAAUCUCCUUCUCACUCCAUAACUAUGAGUCAUAUCUUGCUUCAAACUCUCUUUCAUGUUCAAAACAAACAUCCCCCUACUUGCUCACAUAUAUAAGCUCGACAUGACAAGAUUCUGUACCAACAUCUAACCAAUUUACUUGUCUUGUCUUCAUAGGACAAUAAAUGGGUCUAUUAAGCUUCCUCUUAUUGUCCCUUUUGCUUAUUCUUGUUCAUGAUCUUUCUUUCUAUCUAGUGGCAAGUUGUAUUACUCAUCUUCAACAUUCGAAUGAAGUCGUGAAUGUAGAUGAUUAUGGUGCGUAUGGAGAUGGAGUUACCGAUGACAGAGAGGCUUUUGAAAAGGCAUGGAAGAGAGCUUGUUCGUCUCAUUUCGGAGCUACUGUUGUUGUUCCUGCCAACAAGAAUUACCUCUUGAAGCCACUCCUCUUCUCAGGUCCUUGCAAGUCGGAUAUCACAAUGAUGAUCAAAGGCACAAUAGAUGCUUCAUCAAAUCGCUCGGAUUGGGAUGGUAUGAGUAUUAGACACUGGAUUAUGUUUCACAACUUGAGAAAUUUUGUCGUCACUGGUGGUGGAACCGUCAACGGCAAUGGCAAGAUAUGGUGGCAAAAUUCUUGCAAGAUCAAUAGAACUCUGCCUUGCACAGUUGCACCAACGGCUUUGACCUUUUUCGGCUGCAAAGGUUUGAGGAUUGAAGAUUUAAGGAUAAAAGAUAGCCAACAGAUUCAUGUGUCCAUUGAGAAGUGUAGAGAUGUAGAAGUCUCGACUCUAUCAAUAAAUGCACCAGAUGAGAGUCCCAAUACAGAUGGAAUUCAUAUAGCCAACACGCAGAAUAUUGUCAUAAGCGAUUGUGAAAUUAGAACAGGUGAUGACUGUGUUUCAAUUGUAUCCGGGACUCGAAACGUUAAAGGGAUGAACUUAUUUUGUGGCCCAGGUCAUGGAAUCAGCAUUGGAAGUUUAGGAGCUAAUAACUCCAGGGACCGUGUCAGCAAUGUUUUCAUGGAUACAGUUACACUUCAUGGUACUCAAAAUGGAGUCAGAAUCAAAACCUGGCAGGGAGGCCAGGGAUAUGCAAGAAGAAUCAUAUUUCAAAAUAUUUACGUGCGCAAUGUUCACAAUCCAAUAAUCAUUGAUCAGAACUACUGUGACUCCACAGAGCCAUGUCCUGAAAAAACUCAAGCUGUGGCAAUAAGCGGCGUGGUAUACAAGAACAUCAAAGGAACGAGUGCAUCUUUUGUGUCUAUGAAAUUCAAUUGUAGCAGAAGUGUCCCAUGUCGAGGGAUUACGUUGCAGGAUAUAAAUUUAGUACGAGAAGAUGGGAAGCACACCGAGAGUUCUUGCAACCAUGUUGAUUGGUUUGGAAAUGGUGAAGUUGUUCCUCAUCCUUGUGAGCAGAAAAUUUGAAAUGCAAGUAAACGAACUUGUUUGUUCGUGCUCUCAUUCUUUGUAAACAUUGGAUAAAUAUCAUCAUAAAUUAUUAGUUGUUACAUUUUUUUUGUAGUUUGAAAGAAAUGUUGUUGAUGGUUGAUAUCAAACAGUCAAUGAGAGAAGCAAUUUAGUUGA